GGAAGAAAGAAAAGAGGAGCACGAAGUCAAAGAAAAUGUCUGGAAAUGAAGAAGGAUCUAACCAAGAAGAAAGAGACCAGUCAACCCACGAAUUUUAUUGAUAUCACACCCAAGAAAAAAAAAAUCCCACCUCAAAAAACGCGGUUUCUCCCCCAGCAAUUCGAGUCAAAACCAGCAAUGGCCGAGGCUAGUUGAAGGAAAGCUCGAAACCCAUGAAAUCAAAUCUCUUUCCGGAAACCCAUGAACCCUAGAGGUCGUAAUCAUCAUCCUCUUCUUCUUAAGCACUAGCCCUUUUGUUGUUCGAAUGGAGAAUCGUAAAGGAGGGAACUUGAGCUUAUCGAGUUCCGAAGCUUUGACCGCCACACUUUCUAACGCGAUCCAAGCUCUGGGUCGCGGCUUCGAUGUCACUUCCGACAUUCGGUUGUUAUACUGCAAAGGAUCGCCUGGGUCGAGGCUUGUCCGAAUCGAAGGGCAAAACAGAGAUCUUGUUCUGCCCGAUGGGUUCCUUCUUCCCGAUGUUCCUGGUGAUAUUGAGUGCUCAAGAGGCAGGCGGAGUAUUCAGAGAAUCCCUGUUUGCAGCUUCCACGAGAUGGCCGAAUACUUCAAUGAGAGAUCCGGUAUCAAGGGGCGUAUACCUCUAGGAAGCUUUAACGCAAUGUUCAACUUCACGGGUUCUUGGAAAGAUGAUGCAUCAGCCACAAAAUCUCUGGCAAUGGUCGGAUAUUUUAUUCCACUCUAUGAGGUGAAGUUGGCAAAGCUUACUUUGGUAUUACACGACGAGAUCAGGCGGGCCGUUCCUUCCUCAUGGGAUCCCUCUUCCUUAGCAAGUUUUAUUGAAAAUUACGGCACACAUAUCGUGACUUCAGUAACCAUCGGUGGGAGAGAUGUGGUUUACAUCAGGCAGCAUCAAUCUUCUCCAUUGCCAGUUUCUGAAAUUGAAAACUAUGUCAAUGACAUGAUGGAACACCGGUUUCAGGAAUCAGAGGGUCAAUCCAGUUCUGGCCACUUGAAAUACAAGGACAAGGAUAUUACAGUAAUUUUCCGGAGAAGAGGAGGGGACGAUCUAGAGCAGAGCCAUGGCAGGUGGGCUGAAACCGUAUCCACGGCUCCAGAUGUAAUCAACAUGACGUUUACGCCCAUUGUCUCUCUGCUCGAAGGUGUGCCCGGUCUUAGGCAUUUAACACGUGCCAUCGAACUCUACUUGGAAUAUAAACCUCCUAUAGAAGAUUUGCAGUACUUCCUGGACUUCCAGAUAGCUCGAGCUUGGGCUCCCGAGCAGAGUAACCUUCAACGGAAGGAGCCCGUUUGCCCGUCUCUUCAGUUCAGCUUAAUGGGUCCGAAACUUUUCGUCAGCGCAGAUCAGGUCACGGUUGGGCGAAAACCCGUCACUGGACUCAGGCUGAGCCUGGAAGGAAGCAAGCAGAACCGGCUUGCCAUCCAUCUGCAACACUUGGUCUCUCUCCCCAAGAUCCUUCAACCGCAUUGGGACCCUCACGUGCCGAUAGGUGCACCCAAAUGGCAGGGACCAGAGGAGCAAGAUAGCCGCUGGUUCGAGCCCAUCAAGUGGAAGAACUUCUCUCACGUGAGCACGGCUCCGUUAGAACACACCGAGACACACAUCGGAGACCUGUCCGGGGUCCACAUCGUGACGGGAGCUCAGCUCGGGGUAUGGGAUUUCGGCUCCAAGAACGUCUUGCAUCUGAAACUCCUCUUCUCGAAAGUUCCCGGGUGCACGAUAAGGCGCUCAGUAUGGGAUCACAGCCCGAAGACGAUGAAUCAGCAUUCAGGAAGACUCGAGAUCGGAGGAGGGUCGAGUUCGAGUUUGAGCGAAGAAAAGAGGGAAGAGAAUACGUCCGGGCAAGGUGGGAAGCUGGGUAAGAUCGUGGACUGGUCGGAGAUGUUGAAGGGGCCGCAAGAUUUGCCGGGGCAUUGGAUUGUGACCGGAGCUAAGCUUGGCGUCGAAAAGGGUAAGAUUGUGUUGCGUGUUAAGUAUUCCUUGUUGAAUUAUUGAAACUCUGAUCAGAAUCUCUUCUCUCUCUCUCGUUUUUUUUUUCUGGUUGAUUUUUUUUUUGGGAUGUCUCAGACAAAACAAGAGUUAGUGUUAGCAUUGUUUUUUGGUACAGCUGAUGUGAAUGUACAUGUUCUGCUUGGGUUUUUU